AUAUAAUAUCCUGUCGAUGCUCAGACUCAGUCAGUGGUCGAGGGAUCUCUCUCAACUAGGCGAAAGUUGCUGACUUUCAUUCUCAUCAUCGACUCAACUCAACUCUAAUAACACUAGCCCGACCACGACUCGAACCAUGACUGUCUACCUGCUGGGUAUACUCCUCGUGGCAUCGCUCAUCGUGAAUUCAGCCGAAGCCCUUAUGUGCUUUUCGUGCAACCUGGACACGUCGAACGUCGCGUGCAAUCAGCACGGCCCUGAAACGUGCUCCGCCAGCUCCGACACGUGCAUGACCACGGAGUCUAUCAUCGGCGAUAGUUACUUCAUUUCCAAGCAGUGCGCCAUGGCCAGCGUGUGCGCUGCGAUGACGGCCGGGAACAUUGCCGGCAAAUAUUUGCAUACCUCGUGCUGCUCCAGCAACCUGUGCAACGUCAACUCCGCCCCGCCGCGUUCUGUCCGGGCGGCCUCACUCCUUCUCCUGCUUCCCGUGGUCAUCGGCCUCCUCAACGUCAUUGGCUGCAGUGGCGUCGCAACUCAUCUGUAGUUCACAUUCGUCGUUCUCAUCAUCGCCGUUAUCAUCGCCGUUAUCAUCGUAAUCAUCAUGGUCAUCAUCAUCGUCAUAAUCAUUGUCGUCAUCGUCAUCAUCGUCAUAAUCAUUGUCGUCAUCAUCAUCGUCAUCAUUGCCAUAAUCGUCGUCAUUAUCUUGGACAUCAUCCCAAUCACGUGGCAGCGUGGCGCAGUGGCAACACUCGUGCCUCACUGACAGAAGGGGCCUGGGUUCGAUUCCCCAAAUCGGUCGCCUUUCUGUGUGGAAGUUCAAAUGUCAAAAUAAUGAUAAUCAUAACACUUAUUUCGGUUCUGUAUGCCAUAAUACAUGCAAAUUAGAUUUCACAACGCUGUACAAUAAUUACACGCGUUAUUAUAUUAUGGGAAACAUUAUUUUCAUAGCAAUUAUUAAGUAAAUGAAACCCCGCAAGGAAAAAUAAUAAUGAACAAAUCUAGAAGUGGUACAAAAGCAAAGGUAUAAACAACAAAAAAUAGUUAUUACAAAAAAGUUAUAGAAAGUUACAUGUGGUACAAAGGUCUACUAGCUCUUAGCUCCUCACACCAGCAAGAGCAAUUAGUCCACUCAUUGUGCUGCUCCUGUUCAAAAUGUAUUUUAUCUGGCUUCUCCGAAUUCCUCCCGUACAUUGUAACUGGAAUGGGACAAAUAUUCCAAUGCUGAAAAAUCCACUGCAAAGUACUCAAUUGCGGUUACAUAGAGCAGCAACAUCACCCCACCCGGACAGAAAUAGCUUGGCUUGACCAUCUUGAAUCAUGAUGUCAUGAGACUCGGUGAGGAAUUAUUGGCUAAACAAGUGAAAUAAGAACAAAAAUAAUUAAUAGACAUGAUCAAUCGACUGCUGGGUGUAUGUAUGUUUAACUUCUUUCACACCAUACGUAGCCAACUGCGCUAAUCGGAAUUGCUGGGGUAGGACUACAAAAAAAAUCAGUUAUAAUGAAAUUAGUUUUCAAUUUAGACAAUUAGAAAGUGUACAGCUCCAGUAGCUUCCUAAUAUCGGAAGGAAGAGUGUCCCAGAUGGCCACAGAAGCGUAUCUGAAAGUGCGCAAUUCUGGGGUUUAAAUUUCAUAUUUCUGUCAUGUUACGGCAAUGUUGUGUGACAGUAGCUUGCUAUUGUGUAUUGUACUACAUAAACCAUUGCGUUUCGGUAAAUUUCGUUUUUAAACUUGGUGGCCAUUUGUUUUUAUUAUAGUUCUGGUUUAUUCUGUUUGAUGGUUUCGUAGAAUCCUGGAUUGUUGUACAAGUUAAAAUAUGAAUAAAGAUUUGUGGAUAUAUUGCUAUUUCGAAUGUGGAAUUUAUAACAGGUAGCUGUGAGUUUUCAACUUAAUGUAAUAGUUAUCAUGAUUGAUUAAAUGUUGAUAUAGUCAUUGGGAAAUAUAAGCUGCACAAAUAAAUACACAUAUGAAUGAGUGUGUAUUCAUUAU